GUCGCUUUAUUCCCGAAAGCAAAAAUGUUGAAAGCUGCGUUUGUGUUUAGCAUUUUCUGCGUGGCUUUGCCAGCGGUUUUGGGAAAUGUGUGGUCGGUGUCCUUUCCCACGAAAGAGUCAUGCGUUUGGGCUGGAACAACAACUACGAUACCCUGUAGGUACGAAUAUCCCGGUGGGUUCAGCAUAAAGACAGUGAUGUGGUUCCGCCUCACUGCGGAUGGCAAAAGGGAAUACGUAAUUCACACCGACCAGAACGUGGUGAGCCCUACCUACAAGGGCAGGACCCGAUACACAGGUAGCUACAAGACGUGCAAUCUACAGAUCACUAACAUCAGGAGCACGGACAGCGGACUGUACUACUUUAGGUUUGAGACAGACCGGUGGCAAGGCAAAUGGACCUCGGCCGAUGCGGCGACCCUUUCUAUUACAGAGCUCCAAGUGGACGUCCAUCCAGCUAGAACCGAGAACAGGUUUGCGUCCGGAGAGACGGUCUAUCUGAGGUGCACAGCUCGGGGGUGUGCGGCCCCAGGGAAGACGUUCGCCCUCUACAGGAACGGCCUGAACCUCGGGCCGGCCAAUAACUGGUUCAUGAUCAAUAACUUUGACCCACAACUUGCUGGCACCUUCACCUGUCGUAUUCCCUCUCAGAGGAUACAGUCCCCGGGUGUCACUCUGGCUGUUGGCCAUGCUCCGCGGUCGACCUCGGUCACGGUCAGCCAGUCGGGUGCGAUUAUGGCGGGCCGCUCGGUCACCCUGACCUGCAGCAGCAGCGCUGACCCUCCAGUGGAGAGCUACGCCUGGUUUAAGGACCGAGAGAGCAGCAGUGUUCCCCACAGCUUCCAGCCCCAGCUCCGGCUGUGGAAGGCCGGGCCCUCUGACUUCGGCCUGUACCACUGCGUGGCCAGGAACUCCCUGGGCUUCGAGAGGUCCAAGCCCGUCCUGCUCAAUGUCACCUACGCUCCGACGGGAACCCAGGUCUUAAUCAGCCCGGGCGGCGACAUCACAGAGGGCUGUUCCGUGACCCUGACCUGCCGCAGUAAUGCCAACCCGGCGGUGGACAGGUACGCCUGGUACCAGACGGCUGGGGCGCGCUCCUGGAGCAGGGGCACCAUGCAGAAUCUCAGCUUCCCCAGCAUUCGAGCGCAUCAGGGCGGUCAGUACUACUGCACCGCCUGGAGCCCCCUGGGACAGGAACCCUCCAGCCCGGUCCUUCUGCCAGUGCUGUACGCCCCCAGGAACACGUCGGUGUCAGCGCGCCCCUCCAGCGAAAUCGACGCGGGCACAUCGGUGACCCUGAUCUGCAGCAGCAGCGCCAACCCUGCGGUGGAGAACUACACCUGGUUCAGGGUCGAUGACGCUGAGGCAUGGGUAACCCGAUCGGGCCCCAGCUACACCAUCGCUGAGGUCAGCCCCCGGGAGGGAGGGCGCUACUUCUGCGAGGCCCGAAACCGGAUCGGAACCCACAGCUCGCCCGUCCUCACCGUCCGGGUACGAGGCAGGCUGAAGGUGAUCGCCCUGGCCUCUGCUGUGGGCGUGUCCGCCAGCCUCAUUACACUCACUGUGAUGGUGAUGAUAAGUAAGAACAUGCACAGGGUCGACACUGAGACGGUGGAAGAAGACAAAGAGGUGGAGCUAAUGCACCGGAGAUCCUCAUCGUCGGGUGACACUUUGUUUCUUGAGACGCUUCAAGAGACAUUUCAAGUGAGACCCACAAAGAUGACAGACAUACCAGAGGAGCCAGAGGACGUGUACGAGAAUGUGCAUCCCUGCAUCGUCCCCAUGAAGGAUGUGAGUCAUGACCCGGAGGCCGACAGCCCUCUCAACUACAUCACGGUUCACUUCUCCCAGAGGCCCAGCCAGGGCCAAGAUCCUGCCACAAACACACCACCAGACAGAGCGAACGAGCCUAGAAACGCCUCUGAUGUCAUCUACACGCCCGUGGCCAGGCGCAAUCAUUUAUAGAUUAAUAGCAGUAAAUAAAUAGUGCUCUUUGCAAUGUACUGUUCAUUUGUUCAUUAAAGUGUGAAAGCCAUGUGGCCAAACAGA